AUCUCUCCUUUUUACAGCAAGGGCGUUGCAUCCGAGAACCAUGGGGUGGAAAAUACUUCCCGUCUGCUUGUCGCUGCUGCUUCCUGUUGUCUUGAUUCAACAGGUUUCAUCUCAAGAUUUAUCAAGCUGUGCAGGGAGAUGUGGGGAAGGGUACUCUAGAGAUGCCACCUGCAACUGUGAUUAUAACUGUCAACACUACAUGGAGUGCUGUCCUGAUUUCAAGAGAGUCUGCACUACAGAGCUCUCCUGCAAAGGACGCUGCUUCGAGUCCUUCGCUCGAGGGAGGGAGUGUGACUGUGACUCCCAGUGUAAACAGUAUGGCAAGUGCUGUGCAGAUUAUGACAGCUUCUGUGAAGAAGUGCAUAAUCCCACAUCACCAUCUCCAAAGACUGCACCUCCGCCUCCAGGAGCAUCUCACACCAUCAAAUCAACUACCAAACGCUCACCCAAAUCACCAAAAAAGAAGACUAAGAAAGUUGUAGAAUCUGAGGAAAUAACAGAAGAACAUUCUGUUUCUGAAAAUCAAGAGUCCUCCUCCUCCUCCUCUUCUUCCUCUUCAACUAUUCGGAAAAUCAAGUCUUCCAAAAAUUCAGCUAAUAGAGAAUUACAGAAGAACCCAAAAGUAAAAGAUAACAAGAAAAACACUCCUAAAAAGAAACCCAAUCCAGAACCGCCGGCUGUGGAUGAAGCUGGAAGCGGGCUGGAUAAUGGUGAGUUCAAGCUCACCCCACCUCCUCCUGACCCUCCUACUACUCCACACAGCAAAGUCACCACAUCUCCCAAGACUACAGCAGCAAAACCAGUAACUCCUAAACCCAGUCUUGCACCUAAUUCUGAGACAUCCAAAGAGGCAUCUUUAGCAUCCAAUAAAGAGACAACAGUUGAAACGAAAGAGACUACUGCAACAAAUAAACAAUCUUCUGCCAGUAAAAAAAAGACGACUUCAGCUAAAGAGACACGGAGUGCAGAGAAAACAUCUGAUAAAGAUGUUGAGCCCACAUCUACAACUCCCAAGAACUCAGCUCCCACUACUACCAAGAAGCCUGUUACUACAACCAAGGAACCAGUUCCUACCACUCCCAAGGAGCCUGAACCCACAACUCCCAAGGAACCACCUCCAACCACCAAGAAGCCUGAACCCACCACCCCCAAGGAGCCUGAACCCACAACUCCCAAGGAGCCUGAACCCACCACCCCCAAGGAGCCUGAACCCACCACUCCCAAGGAGCCUGAACCCACAACUCCCAAGGAACCACCUCCAACCACCAAGAAGCCUGAACCCACCACCCCCAAGGAGCCUGAACCCACAACUCCCAAGGAGCCUGAACCCACCACCACCAAGGAGCCUGAACCCACCACCACCAAGGAGCCUGAAUCCACCACCCGCAAGGAGCCUGAACCCACCACUCCCAAGGAGCCUGAACCCACAACUCCCAAGGAGCCUGAACCUACAACCCCCAAGGAGCCUGAACCCACAACUCCCAAGGAGCCUGAACCCACCACUCUCAAGGAGCCUGAACCCACCACGCCCAAGGAGCCUGAACCCACAACUCCCAAGGAGCCUGAACCUACAACCCCCAAGGAGCCUGAACCCACAACUCCCAAGGAGCCUGAACCCACAACUCCCAAGGAGCCUGAACCCACAACUCCCAAGGAGCCUGAACCCACAACUCCCAAGGAGCCUGAACCCACCACGCCCAAGGAGCCUGAACCCACAACCCCCAAGGAGCCUGAACCUACAACCCCCAAGGAGCCUGAACCCACAACUCCCAAGGAGCCUGAACCCACCACUCUCAAGGAGCCUGAACCUACAACCCCCAAGGAGCCUGAACCCACCACUCCCAAGGAGCCUGAACCCACCACUCUCAAGGAGCCUGAACCCACCACGCCCAAGGAGCCUGAACCCACCACUCUCAAGGAGCCUGAACCUACAACCCCCAAGGAGCCUGAACCCACCACCACCAAGGAGCCUGAAUCCACCACCCGCAAGGAGCCUGAACCCACCACUCCCAAGGAGCCUGAACCCACAACUCCCAAGGAGCCUGAACCCACAACUCCCAAGGAGCCUGAACCCACCACGCCCAAGGAGCCUGAACCCACAACUCCCAAGGAGCCUGAACCCACCACGCCCAAGGAGCCUGAACCCACAACCCCCAAGGAGCCUGAACCCACAACUCCCAAGAAACCUGAACCCACAACUCCCAAGGAGCCUGAACCUACAACCCCCAAGGAGCCUGAACCCACCACCCCCAAGGAGCCUGAACCCACCACGCCCAAGGAGCCUGAACCCACAACUCGCAAGGAGCCUGAACCUACAACUCCCAAGGAGCCUGAACCUACAACCCCCAAGGAGCCUGAACCCACAACUCCCAAGAAGCCUGAACCCACCACCACAUCACCCAAAACCACUACUCUGAAAGCAACAACUCUUGCACCCAAAGUAACUGCUCCAGCAGAAGAGAUUCAGAACAAACCUGAAGAAACAACUCCUGCAUCAGAAGAUUCUGAUGAUUCUAAAACAACUCUAAAACCACAGAAGCCAACCAAAGCACCCAAGCCUACCAAAAAGCCAACCAAAGCACCCAAGAAGCCCACCUCUACCAAAAAGCCAAAGACACCAAAAACAAGAAAACCAAAAACUACACCAUCUCCUCUAAAGACGACUUCAGCAACACCUGAACUGAAUACCACCCCUCUAGAAGUCAUGCUGCCAACCACCACCAUCCCUAAACAAACUCCAAACCCUGAAACAGCUGAAGUAAAUCCAGAUCAUGAAGAUGCAGAUGGAGGUGAAGGAGAAAAACCUCUGAUUCCCGGGCCCCCUGUGCUAUUCCCCACAGCUAUUCCAGGCACUGAUCUUUUGGCCGGGAGACUCAAUCAAGGCAUUAACAUCAAUCCCAUGCUUUCAGAUGAGACCAAUUUAUGCAAUGGUAAGCCAGUGGAUGGACUGACUACGCUGCGCAAUGGGACAUUAGUUGCAUUUCGAGGUCAUUAUUUCUGGAUGCUGAAUCCAUUCAGACCACCAUCUCCACCACGCAGAAUUACCGAAGUUUGGGGUAUUCCCUCUCCUAUUGACACAGUUUUUACUAGAUGUAACUGUGAAGGAAAAACUUUCUUCUUUAAGGAUUCUCAGUACUGGCGCUUCACCAAUGAUGUGGUAGAUCCUGGGUAUCCUAAACAAAUUGUCAAAGGCUUUGGAGGACUAACAGGGAAGAUAGUGGCUGCUCUUUCAAUAGCCAAGUACAAGGACAGGCCUGAAUCUGUGUACUUCUUCAAGAGAGGUGGCAACAUUCAGCAGUACACUUAUAAACAGGAGCCAAUGAAGAAGUGCACAGGGAGGCGGCCUGCCAUCAACUACUCGGUGUACGGGGAGGCAGCACAGGUCAGGAGGCGCCGCUUUGAGCGUGCUGUUGGACCUUUCCAGACACACACCUUCAGGAUCCAUUACUCGGUGCCCAUGAGAGUUUCUUAUCAAGACAAAGGUUUCCUCCACAAUGAAGUCAAAGUGAGUACAAUGUGGAGAGGGUUUCCAAAUGUUGUUACUUCAGCGAUAACACUGCCUAACAUUAGGAAACCUGAUGGCUAUGAUUACUACGCCUUUUCCAAAGAUCAAUACUAUAACAUUGAUGUGCCUACAAGAACAGCAAGAGCAAUUACCACACGUUCAGGGCAGACCCUCUCCAAAAUCUGGUACAACUGUCCUUGAACUGAUUGACAAAGAAGAGUCAUCAAAAUGAAAUGAAGAAAACAGUGAUACUUUUUGACAUUGAAAUACAUUUUAUUAAUAAAGAAUGUUGAAAUGAGCAUACCUAUUUAAAUACAAAACAGUUCUCAACUUGACAAUCAUUAUAUUAAAACAGAUUCGUCAAUCUUAUUCACAUGUGUCACAGUUUAGAGAUCACUUAAUUAAUAUUCCCUCUAUUUAUUCCUCCUCUUCCUCCCAUUGCAUGGCUUAUACCUGUAGAAGGAAACGGCAAAAUUCAUUUUCAGUAGAAAUAUCUAAGAUAUGGAUAUAAAAAGAUAUUCUCCAUGUUGACUGGUAAUUAUUAUAGCUGGGUUACUAGAUUUAUGAUGUUAAUACAGUCUAAAUGAGUUAUUUUGAAGAAUGUGAAAAUAUUAAAAUCUUCUAUUUCUUUACUAGCUACUAAUAGCCACAAAACUUUCGGUGCAGAAAACAAAACAAAACAAAACUUAACACCAUAAGAAUACAGAUAAUGCACAACAUGCUAACACUUGAUUUUCCAAAUCUUUUUUUGGAUCUAAUGAAAUAAAAUACAC